CCAAUCAAUUCCCCUGAGAUAGGGCCAUUGUUUGAUAUGACAAAAAGUAAAAUUAGUUGAUAUUUCCUUUUUUCGCCGCGUUUGCGUGGCAACGACUGUAUCGUGAAGAGACUCGACACAGUUCAGAGAUGCAGUACAUCUGGGAGUUUCAGUCUAUUAAAGCCAUGUGAGACAUUUCAAAGCUCUCACAAAUUCUUCAAACAAGAAGCUCUGUCCCAGAGAGAUUUCAAACACUUUAUCGAAAAAUAAAAUGAUAACCAAGGGAUGUCAUUCAUCAACAGGAAUUCCUCGCAAUCAGACAAUGAAUGCAUACAUAGUAUGAAAAAGAUUAUUCGCGCCACCUACCGACCUCAAAUACUUCCCCCCCUUUUGUACUACCCGCGUCACAUAACCCGUCGCGGACGUGGCUUUUUCCCAACUCGCAGAGAGGUGCGAUUCGGAAUGCUCGAUGAGAAAACGUUCAGAUCGCGACAUGGCUUUCAGAGGAGCAGUCCAGUGAGACGUCGUGAAAAGACGCACGUCGAACUCCCGUACCGGCUUGAACAUGCCGCAUUUCGAAUGUGGCUCGUUCCUAUACGAAGCGAAUACCAGACGUAUCUCUGAAGGAAGGGUUGGUUCGGUUCGACAUUGCGCCUUCUACCGGGAUUCUGAUUGCUUCGAGGGCGUUGAAACGAGGUCGUGUAACAGGUGGUAGGGGUGGUAGUUACACAUGAUGAAUUGAGGGAAUGUCCUUUGAUACGCUGUUCUAUGUGUGCUUUUGGGGACUUUUCUCGAGAAAAGCUUCCGUUCACUGGUAGUCUUUGUCAAUUAUUUGGAUGACGUAGCACCAUACCAUGGCCUUGAAGUGUAUCCAAGAACCAGCGCGUCUGCGGGGUUAAUACAAGGGUUAUAUAUCAUGGUCAAGCAUUGCACUCGAGGUGCGCAGGUCAAAUAGGAAGAUAAGCCGAAAGUGGUAUCCAACCCCAUAUAAAGGCCUGAUAUGGAAUUGGUGACUGGGUUGCUUGAAUCUCAUCGCGCAACCAAAGUUGGCAUUAUCCUGCUCACUGCAUUUGAAGCAAGGCGCACGGAGCUCCAUUCCCCAGGUUUCUCGCAAUUUAGACUUUUGUUCUUCAAUAUCUUCUUGGAGAACUUCGCAAUAAAUGACUCCCAAAGAUGGAUUUUCCUCAUAUGGAUCCCUCGAACUUUGAUCUACCAAACUUUGAUCUGCCAGACAUGAAUCCUCCAGACAUAGAACUUCAGUUGAUAUUCAACAGACUUCAGAUGCUACACUAUCUGAAUCGCUUGAUGGAUGCAAGAUUUGAUAAUUGGAAGGCGGUGAAGGACAUCACCGAGAAGGACAUGCAAAUACUCGGAAUGAAGCUGGGUCACAUAAGAAAACUCCAACGGGAAAUUGCGACUUCGCGAGGAUGGCCCCAAAACGCCCCACUAAAUGGCCCAUAUGUUUGUGGUGGAGGACAGAAGCAGGAGCCCGUGGAGCUAAAGCAAGAAAUAAUGACACAAUUGAUGGUUUCUGGUACCCAGUAUUUCGUUGAUGUCAAUGGCACAGGCUAG